AUAAAUUGAAGGAUAAUCUUUUUCUUCCUGGUGGCCACGAAUGUCACGGCUCUGGCUGAGAGGCAUGGCAGGCCUUGCAAAUAUGAACAGUCCCUCAAAUGGCAAUCUCUAUAAACCACCCCAAACCAGUAGGUUUACUCUCCAUAAAUCGGAGAGAGAGAAAAAUGGAUUUUUUGUUAAGGCCGGGGCUUCUCUUCCUCCAAUUACAAGCAGAAGGGCAGCUCUGUUAAGCUUCACCACUCUCACCCUUUCUGGCCAACUUCUCACUGCAAAAUCACAAGCUGAUGAAGGAAACCAGCUCUGGCUACCUGGGCCUUUCUCUUUGCCUCCUGUCUCCAACAAGAUAGCCAACGAGGAGACAGGGACGAGGUCUUUCCUGAAACAGGGGAUUUACAUGGCAAAUAUCGGGCCGAAGGGGAGUGCGUAUCGAUUGGGUAAGAGUGCAUUUGAUCUUUUAAGUAUGCGGGAUCUCAUAGAGCAGGAUGCAUGGAGUUAUGUCAGGCAGUUUUUGCGAUUGAAGUCGACGUUCAUGUAUUAUGAUUUCGACAAGGUCAUCACUGCUGCUCCUGUUGAUCAAAAAGAGCCCCUCACAAACCUUGCCAAUAAAUUGUUCGAUAGCGUCGAAAAGCUGGAAGAUGCAGUGAAGAGUCGGAGCCUUCCACAUGCGAAGGCCUCUUUUGAAGACUCUAGUGCUCUUCUCCAAGAAGUUUUGGAUCGAAUGGCUAUUUAGAACUUUAGAUCAAUGCAAUGCCAAGCCCAUUUCUCUGUACUUGUUUUUCAGUUUAUUUUUAUCAUGUCUUCGCAACUUGUAGCUUCUGCUUAGUCCAAUUUAAAUGUAAACCAUAAGGAAUUAGUAGCAUGAGUUUUUUUUUAUCUUAUAUUCAAAACCAUCAUAGUUAUAUUUUC